CGUCGAGCCCUUGGGGAGUCACACGGGCACCGACCGCCCGGGACCGGUGAGGUGAGAACGAGCAGGAUCAGCAUCAUCACGUCUCCCGACAGGUACAGUCCGCCGCGAUGAGGCUCCGUCUGGCCGGGGCCGUGCUGCUGUCGGCGGCCGCCUACUACGUCUACCUGCCGCUGCCGAGCGGCGUGAGCGAACCGUGGAAACUGAUGCUGCUGGACGCGCUGUUCCGGAGCGUCAUGCGGGCGAGCGACGUGGCUCACGCGCUGGGCCUGUGCCACCGCAUCCACCUGUUGAAGCAGGUGGUGUCCUGGGUGGAGGUGAUCGAGGCCCGCUCGUGCGCCGCCGUGCACGUGACCGACUCGGCGCUGGGCGGCGUCCCCGCCCGGGUCUUCCAGGCGAAGGGCGGCGAGACGCCGAAGAGAGGAGUGGUGUAUUUCCACGGCGGAGGCUGGGCACUGGGCAGCGGCCGGAUGCGAUCCUACGACCUUCUCUGCCGGAAGAUGGCGGAGGAUCUGGACGCCGUCGUGAUGUCUGUGGAUUACCGCCUCGCCCCGGAGGCGGUGUUCCCAGAGCAGUACAACGACGCGCUGGCGGCGUCCCGGGCCUUCCUGUCCGCUCAGGUGUUGGAGCGCUACGGCAUCGACCCAGAGAGGCUGUGCGUGUCCGGGGACAGCGCCGGGGGAAACCUGGCCGCCGCCGUGGCUCAGGAGCUCGGCUCAGACGACAGCGCGCGCGUGAAAUUCAAGGCCCAGGCGUUGAUCUACCCCGUGCUGCAGACCCUGGACUUCCACACCCCGUCCUACCAGCAGAACCAGGACGUGCCCAUCCUCUACCGGCCCGUCAUGGCUCGCUUCUGGCUGCAGUACCUGGGCGCCGACUCCUCACUGGAGCCGCUGCUGCUCGCCAACAACCACAGCUCCCUGGACCAGCCGGCCAUCGGCGACGACGCCCGCUCCCGACUCGACUGGACCGCUCUGCUCCCGGGCGAGCGCAAGAGGCACUUCCGGCCGGUGGUGCAGGAAACCGGGUCGCCGGGCUUGGCGGGCGAGCUUCCGGCUCUGACGGACGUGAGGGCGGCGCCGCUGCUGGCGGAGCAGGGGGUUCUGGGCAGGACGCCCAAAGCGUACGUGAUGACCUGUGAGUUCGACGUGCUGCGGGACGACGGGCUCAUGUACGCCAGGCGCCUGCAGGACGCCGGCGUGGCGGUGACCAGCGAUCACCACGAGGACGGUUUCCACGGCUGUAUGGUGUUCGCCCACCUGCCCAUGAUGUCGAGCGUCGGACGGAGGAGCAUGGACAACUACAUCCGCUGGCUGGACCAGAACCUUUAGCUCUGGAGCGCUGUGAACGCCAGGAUCCGUAGAGUCCGUUUGUGAAACUAGAGACGUGCCGGAGCAGGAAUUCUGGUUCCUGCCGUGUUCUUCACUGGAGCAGCUGCACAACUUGUAAAUAUUUAAAAUUCAAAUUCCAACGGUCGUGAACUCCGGACGAUUUAAAAAUUAUAACCACGAGAAUCGUCCUUGAGAACUUUGGAAAAACCCAAACACGUUAACACCCAACAGAAAAGAUCACGGCAGAUAAAAGCUUUUGUUUUAAUCUUCAAAACUUUUCGCCGUUGUUUUCACGACUAAGUCUGAUCUGACUCGCCCCCCCCCCC